AUGGAUUUGCUCCGGGUUUGUUUUCUUUCUGCUCUUCUCCUCGGAGCGACCGCUUUUACGCACGAGGACAUGAAGACCGCACUGCUGGGAAAACUUGGAUUGGAUGAAGUUCCUAGAAUUCAAAAGAGGGAUUUGGAGAACCUUGUCAUACCAGCGCAUAUCAAAAACAAGUACACGUCUAUACUGAGGAAACACCACAGCAGAAGAAGGAGAUCUUUACCCAGUUUGGCGGGUAUCUUGAAGGGCAUCCCUGGCAACGCAGAUAUCUCUGGGGAGUAUGUGUAUUCUGACACGACACGGAAUCGCAUGGUGUUUGAUAUGGAAGCCAGGAUUCCCGAUAACAGUGAAGUGACCAUGGCGGAGCUCAAAUUGUACCAGCGCGCGUCUUUCCACAAGCGCUUUGCCCUGGAGCGUAAACACCACCGUCCCAUCAACAACGCGCGGGUCAGCAUCUACUGGGUGGAAACGCUUCCUCAUGGCGCCAACCGCACCUCCCUGGUCGACUCACGAUUGAUCCCAAUUCACGAGACCGGAUGGAAGAGCUUUGAUGUGACGCAGGCUGUGCACUAUUGGUCCAAAACGCAGCAGAAGACACCUAUGCACCUGGAAGUGUGGAUCGAGGGCGAGAGACCUGGCAGCUACGCGGCAGAGGUGGCCAAGAGUGUGCGCUUCACCACCCAGGAUCAGACAGACAACACCUUAGGGAAGCCAGAGCUCGUCCUCUACACCCUGAAUCUGGAGGAGUAUGGGUCUAGAGGCGACUGUGAUGUCAGCCAGAGCAAAGACACAUGUUGCCGUGAACAGUACUUUGUGAAUUUCCGGGCACUGACCUGGACCCAGUACUGGAUCAUCGAGCCUGCCGGGUACCAGGCCUUCAGUUGCACUGGGGGGUGCAAACAGCCCAAACGUAACUAUGGUUAUGGGGAGAGGCGCUGUACUGUGGCCGAGAGCGCGCCUCUGCCAAUCAUGUACCUGGUGAAGAAGGGCGACUACACAGAGAUCGAAGUGGCAGAGUUCCCCAACAUGAUCGUGGAGAAAUGUGCGUGUACAAUGGACCAUGUGUCAAUAGUAUGA